AUGGCUCCUCGAAGUUCAAUCUCCAAGAGCGACAUUGAGGUUGGCGACCAUAAGCCCGACCAUCUCGAAAACACCUCCGAAGCCAUCGAAAUUGCCGGUUUUCGCGUCUUUGGUUUGAGCCCUGAAGAUGCCGACUUCUACAAUAGCUACACAGAGGAGCAGAAGAAGAAGGUCUUCCGUAAGGUUGAUGUUCGACUUGUCCCGAUGCUCGCUCUGCUCUAUUUGAUAUGCCAUAUCGAUCGCGCCAAUAUUGGCAAUGCGAAGAUUGAGGGCAUGGUCGAGGAUUUGGGAAUGACAGGUGUUCAGUACAACACCAUCCUGUCAAUCUUUUUUGUACCUUACGUCCUUCUUGAAGUCCCUAGCAAUAUUCUUCUGAAGAAGUUCAAGCGCCCAUCGAUGUAUCUUGGUAUUCUCUGCGUCUGCUGGGGUAUCGUCAUGACUUGCACCGGACUUGUCCAAAAUUUCGGUGGACUCAUGGCUACUCGAGUUCUUCUGGGUAUUUUUGAGGCCGGAUUCUUCCCUGGUGCUAUCUACCUGUGCAGUUACUGGUACCUUCCGAAGGAUCUCAGCGUGAGAAUUUCUUAUUUUUAUUGUGCCAGUGCCUUAUCUGGUGCCUUUUCUGGUCUCCUCGCAGCUGGAAUCGCUGAGAUGGAUGGUAUCGCCGGUCUCGAAGGUUGGAGAUGGAUCUUCCUUCUCGAAGGAAUGGCUACAGUUGUUCUCGGUGUUGCCUGCUUCUUCCUCCUUAUCGAUACCCCUGCUCUGUCUACGCGAUGGUUGAACCCCGAGGAGAUCCGAUUCCUUGAGCUCUCCAUGUUCAUCAAGCAAGGAGGAGGCUUCCAAGAGGAAUCGACAGUGAGAUGGAAAGAUAUUCGAAUGGUGCUCACAAACUGGAGAGUCUACGUCCAGGCUUAUUUCCUUUUGUGCCAGUCUGCUCUCUCUUACGGUACCAAGUUCACCCUGCCAAGCAUCACCAAGGCCAUGGGAUUCAGCAACACGAACGCUCAGCUUACCUCGGCUCCUCCUUACGUCGCCGCUGCUAUUUCUGCCAUUGUUUUUGCCAAGAUCUCUGACCGAUUCUUCUGGCGUAUGCCCUUCGUCGCCAUCCCUAUGGUUAUCGUCACAGUUGCAUACUCGAUCAUGAUUUCUCUCAAUGGGCAACUCGAAGCUAAGAAGGGCGUUGCUUACUUUGCUGUUGUUCUCGCUGUCAUUGGUAUUUAUCCCAUUCAAGCCGCCGCUGCCUCGUGGAACGCCAACAACAUCGCCCCUUCAUCUCGACGUGCCAUUGGUAUCGCUCUGAUGAACUGUGUCGGCAACGUUGGUGGAAUCGUCGGUAGUUUUAUGUAUCUUGAGAAGGAGAAGCCCAAGUAUUACACUGGAUUUGGUUUGUCGCUUGCUUUCGGAGGUACUGGCUUGAUCGUUGCUUUCCUCCUGGAGUGGAGCUACAAGAUCGCCAACGCUCGCAAGGCCAAGAUUGCCGAGGAGGCUAAGAGGAAAUACACUGAGGAGGAGCUGUUUGACAUGGGAGACAGGUCGCCACUGUUCAAGCAUGUACUCUAG